GAAGAUGGUCCAGGCCCUGACUACCAGAAACUCGCCUUUGAUCUCGCAAAUGGAUCUAAAACCCCUUGGAAUGCGAGGACUCUCGAUUUGCUCCUUGAAGAUUUGAAGGAGAGGGAUGAGAAAGAGGGAUGGGUAGUCCGAAGGUUGGAUGGCUACUACAGAGAAAUACUCGAGCAUCGCUACAAGCGGCUGCGGACAAUAUGGAGAGAAGGGCAGGCAAAGGUCACAGCGAAGGGAACAUUGGAAACUGGAGAAGAGGUGGAGAAGAGGUUGGUCGCACAGAGAGACAAAACUCUCAAAUUGGUUCGUCAAGCAACCCGUCGACGAAAUUUGAAAAAGGAUGAAACCGCCGAGGAUCUCCCAACUUGGCAGUGGCUUCAGAGGCUAGUCAAGACGCUGGGAGACGAUGGGAUGAGUUCUGAAGAGAGCGACGUCGAGAAUGAUGUGGAAAUGGUACUCCGGGUCAAGAAUAUGCCAUGGUGUCAUGAGGUAGAGAGAGAACUGAACAUUAUUGACCAUCAGAGAGUGUUGGAUGACGAUAUUUUC